AGAGGAAGAGAAGGAAGCGUCGCAGUGUGAGCCCGUGCAGCCCUUCGGCUGUGCGGGAGGCACGUCUCUGCCCCACGAGUGGCCGCCGUGCGUCGCCGACGGUGCCCCUGCGGGAGUGGGGCGCGGAGCCCUGCGCCCACGAUAGCUCCUGCUUUGCCCAGGAGCAUAGGAUGUGGUGAGAGGAUGGAGCUUUUCUCUCGCGGGGCUCACCAUGGCCAGAGAAGAUUCCGUCAAGUGUCUGCGUUGCCUGCUCUAUGCCCUCAACCUGCUUUUCUGGUUGAUGUCCAUCAGUGUGCUGGCCGUUUCUGCUUGGAUGAGGGACUACCUGAAUAAUGUUCUGACUUUAACUGCGGAAACAAGGGUGGAGGAGGCAGUCAUCUUGACUUACUUUCCCGUGGUUCAUCCGGUCAUGAUUGCUGUCUGCUGUUUCCUUAUCAUAGUGGGGAUGUUAGGGUAUUGUGGAACGGUGAAAAGAAACCUGUUGCUGCUUGCAUGGUACUUUGGAAGUUUGCUUGUCAUUUUCUGUGUGGAGCUUGCUUGUGGCGUUUGGACAUAUGAGCAGGAACUUAUGGUUCCAGUGCAGUGGUCAGACAUGGUCACUCUGAAAGCCAGGAUGACGAAUUACGGCCUGCCUAGGUACCGCUGGCUCACUCAUGCGUGGAAUUUUUUUCAGAGGGAGUUCAAGUGCUGUGGGGUGGUGUACUUCACGGACUGGCUGGAGAUGACGGACAUGGACUGGCCGCCGGACUCCUGCUGCGUGAAGGAGUUCCCGGGGUGCUCCAAGCAAGCCCACCAGCAAGACCUCAGCGACCUCUAUCAGGAGGGCUGUGGGAAGAAGAUGUAUUCCUUCUUGAGAGGAACCAAACAACUGCAGGUGCUCAGGUUUCUGGGAAUCUCCAUUGGAGUGACCCAAAUCCUGGCCAUGAUUCUCACCAUUACUCUGCUCUGGGCUCUGUAUUACGACAGAAGAGAGCCUGGGACAGACCAAAUGAUGUCUCUGCAGAAUGAGACUUCCCAGCACCUGUCAUGCCACUCAGUGCAGCUGUUGAAACCGAGCCUGUCCAGAAUCUUCGAGCAUACGUCCAUGGCAAACAGCUUUAACACACACUUUGAGAUGGAAGAAUUAUAAAGACCGCCCGGGGAGGAAACCACAGAUGUGCUUUGUUGGACAUGAGAGUUUUUUAUGUACACACUUGGUAUGCUCCCGAAACGCGUAGAGGUAAAGAUGUUGUCAUAAAAGAAUGCCUAGGCAGAUAAUGCUCUACCCUUUGCAAAGAGGAGGAAAAUGUUCCAUGCCAGGUCAUCACUGAGUCAGUAGUCGAUGCCCUUACAACGCUGGGGUCGGCCCUGACACUCUGAUGGCCUUGGUGUAAGCGUGAAUCAGGCUGUUACCGAACACACCUGCGUUCGGAGGCCACGUGAUUUGAUGAGCUUUUCUGCCUUUGAGAGCAGACGCAUGCUGGGGUUGGAGCCGCAGUCAAGCUGGAUUCACUUGCACCAGCUGCUGUGUAAAGUACCAAUUCACUGCCAAUGUAGUGCAUGCGGCAGUAAGAAUGACUUUACUGCUUGGCAGUGUAUUCCUUUGAGGGUGAAUAGGCUAUAGAUAAAAAAAAAAACUUUCAAAAUUGCUGACUACCUGAACGUGACUGUGGCUGGUCACUAACACACUCUUACCACUCAGAUGAGCAAGCUAACGUUGUGUAAACUGAUCAGGGAUCUGUGUGUAUAUAAGUCUGUGUUGUGUGCACAAUUCAGUAGCUUUCAGUUCUUCAUCGUGUUGAGAAUAACGGUUGUGAAGAAGCAUCCGUGUCCUGUAUAACACCUUUGUUUUUAGGUUUUCUUGUUAACAGAGCUUCAAAGUUGUGUCUUGACUUUAUAUGACAUGCAUAAUUAUUAAUUUAAAUACAUAACCACUAAUUUUAAAAAUUACCAGUGUGCUAAAUAGAAAUCAUUAUAAUUCAGAAUAUAGUAUGGUCUCUGGGACAUAUUAAAAAUGUACAAUAAGUGGGAUGAUUUAGCAAAGACUUGGAUGUUAUUUAUCUGAGACUAAGGCUCUUUUCUUUUCUAAUACUAAACACCUUUUGAAAAGAGCUUAUCUAGUAGAAGACACCGCCUCCAAGUCUUUAGGAUUCUACAGAGAAUAAUGGUGUUCUACAGCAAAACUACUUGUGAAAAUCAUAAAAACAAAUGACAAUUUACCUAGAGAUGAUCAUUGCUUUAUUUCACUGAUUAAUAUACUGUACUGAGUUAUACAGAUAAUUAAAAUUUUUUACAAGAGUAAAAUAUAUUUAUUUGAAUGGGAAAAGUGCAUUUUACUGUAUUUUUGGUGUUAUGUUUAUUUCUCAGACUACGGGAAAGAGAAUUUAAGCAAGUAUCAAUAAAUACUUUCUAGAGA